UAUGCAAAAGAGCCUACGAAACAAUAGAGUUCAACCAGAAAAUGAAGCUAUUUUCGUUUCUAAGAGAUCGUGCACGGAUAUUUUAUGCCUAUUGUUAUUCCUAUGUGUUCUUGGAGGAAUGGCUUAUAUUGCCUAUAUAGCAAAUUUAUACGGUCAUCCCUUAAGAAUAAUAUAUGGUCAAGAUAGUUAUGGUAACACUUGCAAUGUGGAUAAUACUCCUUUAGAAGAAAAAUGGUCAGAAUUCAAAGGUCAUAAGCUUAGCGGUAUUAACUUAAAAGGAUACAACAAAGUCUAUUUUUACAAUUUUCGCUCAAUCUUUCCAUUUUACGAUGAAAUUCCUGGAACUAUUGUAUGCGUUCGUACAUGUCCUGAAAAUAUUACAAACGUUGAAGACCAUAAAAAGUUCUCCCUCAAAGCAAAGAGUAGCCUUUGCAGAUACGACGUUAACAAUUCUCGUAUAUUUAAUGGAGACAGCGAAAAAGAUAGAUGCCCUCCCUUGCCCUUAACUGAAACAAUUGACAUCUUGAAUCGUUGCGUUCCAAGAGUAAAAUUUCCUGUAUCAGUAUCGGUAAAAUUAUCGGAUGCUUGCAAUUUGAAAAAUGAUAUUCUUGAAAAUUUAUUGGAAGCUCUCAACGAUAUCCGUGUCAGUUGGUUUCCACUCUUAAUGCUAUUGCUAAUAGGUCUAGCCAUGAAGGGAGUUAACUUUUGUCAAGGAGCAGGAAAAGCAUUUUCUCUCCUUUUGGAGAAUCCUUUAAGAGCGGCAGUAAUUAAUGGAGUAGGCUGGUUCGUUCUAUUCGUUGGCAAGAUAUUAGUCGCAGUAGCAGUUUUAGUUAUUGGAAUAUUUGGUUUUAACAUUGCCGUUGAUACGAUAUUCCUAUGCUUUUGCUUGGAUUGUAGAGAAAAUGACGGAGAUUCCAAACCUUAUUUUAUGAGUUUGGCUCUUAUGAAAUUCUCAGAAGAUGCCAAAAAAGCCAUUGAAUUAGAAAAUCAAAGAUCAAUUAAAAGAGAAAAUCAAAAUGUCAAUGCUCCCACAAAUACUGAUAGAGGAGUCACGCCCGUUGAAACUUAG